CACGCAACACAUUAACAACAUUUCCAUUUUAAACGGUCACUAUUCAAAACGCAAUCGAAAAAUUGCGCUUACUCAUGCUAAUCAUACCCUGGGGCGGAACAUAUUUGACAAUUUUUUCAGACUUCAUUCAUUUGCAGACAACUUCUGUGCGUAUUCAAAUUAGUAAGUUGGCUAGAGGCCACGAACAACUUACUGCACCGUCUGGAGGCGUGUUUAAUAUCAAACUGAAAGCAACUUCAGCGGCCCAGAUGCAAAACGGACAUAGAAGAGAGGGCAGGAAAUAAAAUUGCCAUCAACGACUCUGCUACGUUUGCCAAAUUGAAAUUUGAGAACAGCCUAGAAUUUAACAGUUGUGUGCAUAAUAUAGCUUAUUCGCAAUAAUGUAUCGACAGCGGGAUGAGAUUGAGCUGGAGAAGAGUGUCCGGCGACUGAGAGAGAAGUUCCACGGGAAGAUUCCCAUCGACAAAGCAACUGUGCUCAUGCAUCGCUAUUGCAACAACCACCAGCUUGCGGCCAAGGAUAUCAUUCUGAUGAAAGACAGAGACCUGGAUGCGGAGGACAGAAUGAGCCUGAACGAUGCCGCAGUUAGGAAUGUGGUGCAGAGACUGGAGGCAGAGGAGCAGGAACAGUCUGCACGCCCUCGCUCACACCCCCAGCCUGCUCCUGGUGGUCCGAGACCGAUACAGGAGGACAGAGAGAUUCAGGCUCUCGCGGCGCGGCUGAAGACCUUGCCGCUGACGGAGGAGAACCUGCGCAUGUUCGAUCAGGCGCAGAACAGCCACGCCCCCUCAGAGCUGCACCAGUUCGCCUGCCAGUCCUGCGACUCGGACUGGUGGCGUAGGGUUCCCGAGAGGAAGAGGGUGUCACGCUGUCGAAAGUGCAAACGGAAGUAUGAUCCCGUCCCAGCGCACAAAAUGUGGGGGAUUGCCGAAUUUCACUGCCCCACCUGUCAUCGUGUCUUCAGGGGGUUUGGCCGUAUGGAUGUGGGGUCUCCCUGCUACUCCUGCCGUUCCCUCGUCACACCGAUGCGAAUCCUGCCCCCGCGACGGAGACAGAGCGGAAUGGGGCUUCAAAGACAAAAUCCCCACAGCUGUCUGGCUGAGGACUGCUACAACCGACAGGAGCCCCACGUCCCGGGGACAGAGUGCGUCCACCCCCGCAGUCGCAUGAAGAAUCGCAAGCCGCGCGUGGUGAACCCCAGCCCCGCCCACGUGAGCACGGGGUCCACGGUCAACACCUGUCUGAGCCAGGGCAGCAUCUUGGACAUCGACGAGCUGAUCCUGGAGGACAUCCGAGAGGAGGAAGAAGAAGAGGAAGAGGAGGAGGAGGACCAACGCCGCAGCUAUAGUGACAGCAGCUCAAACUGAAGCCGCCCCUUUUUAAAGUCAAUUUAUGGACAGCAGCCCUGCACCAAUCCAGAGUCCAGGGCCACUGUACCGAUAAGAAUACAGAAGCGACGCACCAAUCAGGAUACCGGACUCGCUGAUGAAAACACAGCGAGUCCUGCCUGAUGGCCGGUGUGUGUACGUGGAGCUCCUCGCUCAGGUGAACUGCAUAGCCUGCGGUUAGCAGUGGGGUCGUCAGGCUGUGCAGCAAGCUCCUCCCUUUCCUGUUGUUUUGCAUCCUGCCCGCACCUUGUAGGCAUUCUGGUGAGAUGUACACCUUUUACAGUUUUACACAACCUUAUUAAUAUUGUGAUCAAUACAAUAAUUUGAGCUUUCA